AUGGCCGCUUUUCACAAUAUCAAAGAGAAACAUAUCAGUGCACCAGUUCUCAUUUUGCUUGAUUUUAGCAAGCCAUUUGAGUUGCUUUGUGAUGCAUCCAAAGUGGGUAUUAGGGCUGUGUUGAGCCAAGAGAAACGACCUGUAGCAUUUUACAGUGAAAAGUUCAAUGGGUCGAAAAUGAACUACAACACAUAUGAUGUGGAAUUUUAUGCUGUUGUUCAAGCCCUCAAGCGAGCCAUGAACCAACUAGUAGAUGCUCUCAGUAGAAGGGCAAAUUUUCUCACAACCAUGAGAAACCAGAUUGACGGGCAGACUGAAGUUGUCAACCGAACUCUUGGAAAUCUGCUGCGAAGUUUGGUGAGGGAUAAUCUCAAAUCAUGGGAUUUGAAAUUAAGUCAGGCUGAAUUUGCAUUCAACCACUCUGUCAAUCGAAGUGAAUACAAUAAAUUGGCUGCCCGAAAGAUUAGUCCAGUGGAGAUUGUUGAGAAGAUGAAUCCAAAUGCUUACCGCCUCAAACUUCCAAGUCAUCUUUGUAUUGUUGAUGUGUUUAACAUCAAACACCUCAUUCCUUUUCAUAGUGCUAGUUCUGUAGUGAAGGAAUGCUUGAAUUCGAGGGCGAAUUCUUCUCAACCCUGGAAGAAUGAUGCAACUACAUUGGGAUAA